UGGAUCCUGACUCUUCGGCGAGCCUCCGCCUGCGAGCGGCGGGGACUGGAGGAGCCUUGCGGAGCCUGGGGCGCGAGCGCCAGAGGAGAGGGCAGGCGGGGGAGGGCCGGGAAGGAGAGGAAGGGAGUGGUUGGGAGCUGGGCUGCGGCAGCCUCUGGUCUCCUCACCACAGGCACCAACCCCUCCUCCAGCGCCGCGGUCGCCUCCCUGGCUGAGGAAAGAUGCCCUUAAUCCAGGGGUGUGAAGAAGGGGAAGAAGUCGCUGCUGGAGCCGCCCGCACCGCUUUAGCUGCCGCCCGUGUCCUUUGAAUUCGGAAGCGCACCCCCCUCGCCUGGGGCGUCCGGAGCCUCCGGCUCGGCGGUCGCGGUGCGGUUGUGGGGGAGACCGGGCUCUCCGCCCGGCGCGGCCGGGCCCGGCCCACGAGCGACCACCGACAUGGAGCGGGCUCGGGCGGCCAAGUAGCCGCUGUCGGGUGCGAGCCGCCCGCAGCCCGCCUUCCCACCCCGGGCCGCGCCGCGGGUCAGGCCCCUGGGAGAAGCUGGGAGAGAAAUGAUGAGUUUUCACCGGAAUGCGUUCAAAAUAGGACUAACUGCAAAGCCUUAAAGAGAGGACCUCGCGGGGGAGAAAGGAAAAGCCUCCUCCGGGCAGGACUUGGCGUGCUCUGAGCCGAGGGGCUGCUUCAGGGACCUCGCCCCCUCCCUUUCCCGCUGGAGAAAUCGCCGCUGAUGCAUUAUCCAAGUGGUGGUUGGGAGGAUUUGCAGCAAAAUUUUUGGUUUUCCCUCCCCCUUCUAUACAUUCUGGUUUUUUCCUCCUUUUUCUAUUUUUCUUCUUCCCGGGAAGUGAGUUGCUGAUGCAAAUCGGACUUUAUUCAUUAAUGAUGCAACCGGAUUCGUUUCAGGAUUAUGUUGCACAAGUUGAAUUUUGAAUGAAGGAGACGAGUUUUUUUUUUUUUAAAGAAGUGUCGACUCUUUAGUUAAUUGUACUUUUAAUUAUUUUAUUUAAACAUACGGCUGAAUUGUAUUUUUCUUUUAAAGUGUAUUAAAUAUCUAUUUUAAUGGUAAUUUACCCUCGAAGUAUGUGUAUAUGGGUGAAAUUGAAGACGCUUCAGUUAAGUGAGGUGACUGGUGUGUUGGAUGUUUAAUUCAGCGCCGGCAUUGCAUGACAGUUGUUUGAAUAACAAGUGGUUUGUUUUUAAAACCACACCUUUUAGAAAAUUUAGAGUCGAAUAAUAAAAGUAACAAAUCGUAAUCAUAAUUGGAAGGAGAGCCAGCUCAAAUUGAAGCAAACAUGUCUGGAGAAGUGCGUUUGAGGCAGUUGGAGCAGUUUAUUUUGGAUGGGCCCGCUCAGACCAAUGGGCAGUGCUUCAGUGUAGAGACUUUACUGGAUAUACUCAUCUGUCUUUAUGAUGAAUGCAAUAAUUCUCCAUUGAGAAGAGAGAAGAACAUUCUUGAAUACCUAGAAUGGGGUAAGUUUGUCUUUAAAAAAAAACUCUUUCGAUGGGUUGCUGUAGUAAAACUAAAAAAUGCAGAUAAGGUGUUUGCCAUGAAAAUAUUGAAUAAGUGGGAAAUGCUGAAAAGAGCUGAGACAGCGUGUUUUCGUGAAGAAAGGGAUGUAUUAGUGAAUGGAGACAAUAAGUGGAUUACAACUUUGCAUUAUGCUUUCCAGGAUGACAAUAAUUUAUAUCUAGUUAUGGAUUAUUAUGUUGGUGGGGAUUUGCUUACUCUACUCAGCAAAUUUGAAGAUAGAUUGCCUGAAGAUAUGGCUCGAUUUUACUUGGCUGAGAUGGUUAUAGCAAUUGACUCAGUUCAUCAACUACAUUAUGUACACAGAGACAUUAAACCUGACAAUAUAUUGAUGGAUGUGAAUGGACAUAUUCGGUUAGCAGAUUUUGGUUCUUGUCUGAAGCUGAUGGAAGAUGGAACGGUUCAGUCCUCAGUGGCUGUUGGGACCCCCGAUUAUAUCUCUCCUGAAAUCCUUCAAGCCAUGGAAGAUGGAAAAGGCAGAUAUGGACCUGAGUGUGACUGGUGGUCUUUGGGGGUCUGUAUGUAUGAAAUGCUUUAUGGAGAAACACCAUUUUAUGCAGAAUCUCUGGUGGAGACAUAUGGAAAAAUCAUGAAUCACAAAGAGAGGUUUCAGUUUCCAGCCCAAGUGACUGAUGUGUCUGAAAAUGCGAAGGAUCUUAUUCGAAGGCUCAUUUGUAGCAGAGAACAUCGACUUGGUCAAAACGGAAUAGAAGAUUUUAAGAAACACCCAUUUUUCAAUGGAAUUGAUUGGGAUAACAUUCGGAACUGUGAAGCACCUUAUAUUCCAGAAGUUAGUAGCCCCACAGAUACAUCGAAUUUCGAUGUGGAUGAUGAUUGUUUAAAAAAUUCUGAAACGAUGCCCCCACCAACACAUACUGCAUUUUCUGGCCAUCAUCUGCCAUUUGUUGGUUUUACAUAUACUAGUAGCUGUGUUCUUUCUGAUAGGAGCUGUUUAAGAGUAACAGCGGGUCCUACCUCACUGGAUCUUGAUGUUAAUGUUCAGAGGACUCUAGAUAACAACUUAGCAACCGAAGCUUAUGAAAGAAGAAUUAAACGUCUUGAGCAGGAAAAACUUGAACUUAGCAGAAAGCUUCAAGAAUCAACACAGACUGUCCAAGCUCUGCAGUAUUCAACUGUUGAUGGUCCACUAACAGCAAGCAAAGAUUUAGAAAUAAAAGACUUAAAAGAAGAAAUUGAAAAACUAAGGAAACAAGUAACAGAUGCAGAAAUGGAACUAGUCCAGGCUAGUGAGCGAUUAAAAAACCAAUCCAAAGAGCUGAAAGACGCACACUGUCAGAGGAAACUGGCCAUGCAGGAAUUCAUGGAGAUCAAUGAGCGACUAACAGAAUUGCACACCCAAAAGCAGAAACUUGCUCGCCAUGUCCGAGAUAAGGAAGAAGAGGUGGACCUGGUGAUGCAAAAAGUUGAAAGCUUAAGGCAAGAACUGCGCAGAACAGAAAGAGCCAAAAAAGAGCUGGAAGUUCAUACAGAAGCUUUAGCUGCUGAAGCCUCUAAAGAUCGGAAACUGCGUGAACAGAGUGAGCACUAUUCCAAGCAACUGGAAAAUGAAUUGGAGGGACUGAAGCAAAAACAAAUUAGUUACUCACCAGGAAUAUACAGCAUAGAACAUCAGCAAGAGAUAACCAAACUGAAGACUGAUUUGGAAAAGAAAAGUAUCUUUUAUGAAGAAGAAUUAUCUAAAAGGGAAGGAAUACAUGCAAAUGAAAUAAAAAAUCUGAAGAAAGAACUCCAUGAUUCAGAAGGCCAACAACUUGCUCUCAACAAAGAAAUUAUGGUUUUAAAAGACAAAUUGGAAAAAACUAGGAGAGAAAGUCAAAGUGAAAGGGAGGAAUUUGAAAAUGAAUUCAAACAACAGUAUGAACGUGAAAAAGUAUUAUUAACUGAAGAAAAUAAAAAGCUGACAAGUGAACUUGAUAAGCUUACAGCUUUAUAUGAAAACUUAAGUGUACGCAACCAGCAGUUAGAAGAAGAGGUGAAAGAUCUAGCAGACAAGAAAGAAUCAGUCGCACAUUGGGAAGCCCAGAUCACAGAAAUAAUUCAGUGGGUCAGUGAUGAAAAGGAUGCACGGGGCUAUCUUCAGGCCUUAGCUUCUAAAAUGACCGAAGAAUUGGAAGCCUUAAGAAAUUCCAGCUUGGGUACACGAGCAACAGAUAUGCCCUGGAAAAUGCGUCGUUUUGCAAAACUGGAUAUGUCAGCUAGACUAGAGUUACAGUCAGCGCUGGAUGCAGAAAUAAGAGCCAAACAGGCCAUCCAAGAAGAGCUAAAUAAAGUUAAAGCUUCUAACAUCAUAACAGAAUGUAAACUAAAAGAUUCAGAGAAGAAGAACUUGGAACUACUAUCAGAAAUUGAACAAUUGAUAAAGGAUACUGAAGAACUUAAAUCUGAAAAGGGUAUAGAGCACCAAGACUCACAGCAUUCUUUCUUGGCAUUUUUGAAUACGCCUACCGAUGCUCUGGAUCAAUUUGAAAUUGUAGACUCAACUCCACUUCCAGUUCACACACCAACUUUAAAGAAAAAGGGAUGUCCUGGUUCAACUGGCUUUCCACCCAAGCGCAAGACUCACCAGUUUUUCGUAAAAUCUUUUACUACUCCUGCAAAAUGUCAUCAGUGUACCUCUUUGAUGGUGGGUUUGAUGAGACAGGGCUGUUCGUGUGAAGUCUGUGGAUUCUCAUGUCAUAUAACUUGUGUAAACAAAGCUCCAACUGCUUGUCCAGUUCCUCCUGAACAGACAAAAGGUCCUCUGGGUAUAGAUCCACAGAAAGGAAUAGGAACAGCAUAUGAAGGUCAUGUCCGAAUUCCUAAACCAGCUGGAGUGAAGAAAGGAUGGCAAAGAGCACUGGCUGUAGUUUGUGACUUCAAGCUCUUUCUGUACGACAUCGCUGAAGGCAAAGCAUCUCAGCCCAGUGUUGUCAUUAGUCAAGUGAUUGACAUGAGGGAUGAAGAAUUUUCUGUGAGUUCAGUGUUAGCUUCUGAUGUUAUUCAUGCAAGUCGAAAAGAUAUACCCUGUAUAUUCAGAGUCACAGCUUCCCAGCUCUCAGCUUCUAAUAACAAAUGCUCGAUCCUGAUGCUAGCAGAUAGUGAGAAUGAGAGGAGUAAGUGGGUAGGAGUUCUGAGUGAAUUACACAAGAUUUUGAAGAAAAACAAGUUCAGAGACCGCUCAGUCUAUGUUCCCAAAGAGGCUUAUGACAGCACUCUACCCCUCAUUAAAACAACCCAGGCAGCUGCAAUCAUAGAUCAUGAAAGGAUAGCUUUGGGAAAUGAAGAAGGGUUAUUCGUUAUCCAUGUCACCAAAGAUGAAAUUAUUAGAGUUGGUGACAAUAAGAAGAUUCAUCAGAUCGAACUAAUUCCAAAUGAUCAGCUUGUUGCUGUGAUCUCAGGACGAAAUCGUCAUGUACGACUUUUUCCUAUGUCAGCUUUGGAUGGGCGAGAGACUGAUUUCUAUAAGCUGGCAGAAACUAAGGGGUGUCAGACCAUAACUUCUGGAAAGGUGCACCAUGGAGCUCUCACAUGCCUCUGUGUGGCUAUGAAAAGGCAGGUCAUCUGUUACGAACUAUUUCAGAGCAAGACCCGUCACAGAAAAUUUAAGGAAAUCCAAGUUCCAUAUAAUGUCCAGUGGAUGGCAAUCUUCAGUGAACAACUCUGUGUGGGAUUCCAAUCAGGAUUUCUAAGAUACCCCUUGAAUGGAGAAGGAAGUCCGUGCAGUAUGCUCCAUUCAAAUGACCAUACACUAUCAUUUAUUGGACAUCAACCAAUGGAUGCUAUCUGUGCAGUUGAGAUCUCCAGUAAAGAAUAUCUGCUGUGUUUUAACAGCAUUGGAAUAUAUACUGACUGCCAGGGCCGAAGAUCUAGACAACAGGAAUUGAUGUGGCCAGCAAAUCCUUCCUCUUGUUGUUACAAUGCGCCGUACCUCUCGGUGUAUAGUGAAAAUGCAGUAGAUAUCUUUGAUGUGAACUCCAUGGAAUGGAUUCAAACUCUUCCUCUCAAAAAGGUUCGGCCCUUAAACAAUGAAGGAUCAUUAAAUCUUUUAGGGUUGGAGACAAUUAGAUUAAUAUAUUUCAAAAAUAAGAUGGCAGAAGGGGAUGAACUGGUAGUUCCUGAAACAUCAGAUAAUAGUCGGAAACAAAUGGUUAGAAAUAUUAACAAUAAGCGGCGCUAUUCCUUCAGAGUCCCAGAAGAGGAAAGGAUGCAACAGAGGAGGGAGAUGCUACGAGAUCCAGAAAUGAGAAAUAAAUUAAUUUCUAACCCAACUAAUUUUAACCACAUAGCACACAUGGGUCCUGGUGAUGGAAUACAGAUCCUGAAAGACCUGCCCAUGAAUCCUCGGCCUCAGGAAAGUCGGACAGUAUUCAGUGGCUCAGUCAGUAUUCCAUCUAUCACCAAAUCCCGCCCUGAACCAGGCCGCUCCAUGAGCGCUAGCAGUGGCCUGUCAGCAAGGUCAUCCACACAGAAUGGCAGUGCAUUAAAGAGGGAAUUCUCUGGAGGAAGCUACAGUGCAAAGCGGCAGCCCAUGCCCUCCCCAUCAGAGGGCUCUUUGUCUUCUGGAGGCAUGGACCAAGGAAGUGAUGCCCCCGCCAGGGACUAUGAUGGAGAGGACUCUGAUUCUCCGAGGCAUUCCACAGCUUCCAACAGUUCCAACCUGAGCAGCCCCCCAAGCCCAGUUUCACCCCGAAAGACCAAGAGCCUCUCUCUGGAGAGCACCGACCGUGGGAGCUGGGACCCAUGAGCUGCUCUAAGCACUGAGACCUGGGCACUGGGCAGCUCUCGCCCUCAGCUCCCCUCCACCCACCUUCUCCCACUUUCAUCCCUUAGCUCCACCUCAGCCUGAAAAGACCAGGGGCUGGCAGCAGCAGCAGGGCAGGGAUUCGGGAGUUCUGACGACAUGACUCAGAUCCACGCCCCCUUGGCCUCAGCAGCAGCAAAGGCAGACUUUCAUUAAGCAGCUUAGAUUAAUAUUGAUUUCAUUCCAUACUCUUAGAGUUGCUUUUAAUACUAUUUUACUCCUUCCCCAAAAGGUAGCUUAAAUAGACAGAUUACACAAAUGUAAGUGAUAAGAAUAAGACUAGACAGAUUUUGUUUUCACAGUAGAGUCUCAUUAUAGUCCUAAACUAGCUUAUGGGAUUCUCCAUGUCAUGAGGGGAGAAUCCGACCCUGGAGUGACACACUAAGCUCAUUGAGCAACCACAGAGUCAACCUGACGUUGCCAGGAAAUCCUUAUGAAUUAAAACAAUGCAUAUUUUACUACAAUACAGAGUUUAAGUGAAUACAUAAAUGUAGAAGUUAAAUACCGAAUGUAUAUAGUCAAAAGAAGCAUCUUGUAUUCAGUGAAAGACAGAUGCAUAUAUAAGAGAGAGAUCAUUUAAUUUAAA